AUGGCAACAAUCACAUUAUCUUCAAAUGAAAUUGUUCCUUACAUAAAAGACUUGCUUAGAAAGACCAUUGAAAAUGGAAAAAAUAAAGCUGCAGUUUACAUUGGAUUAUCUGGAGGUUCUAUGCCUAAAACUGUCAGUGACUCACUUAAUCAACUAAAUAAGGAAAAUCUCCCAAUGGAAAAUGUUAAAUUUUUUAUGGUUGAUGAAAGAAUUGUCCCACUAGAUGACAAAGAUUCAAAUUGUGGUGAAUAUUUAAAACUACUACCAAAAAACUUUGAGAAAUACUUUAUUCCAAUAACUAAUUUUAGUGAUGAAAAAUUGGCCGCAGAGGAAUUUGAAGAGAUACUUAAAAAAGACAAAAAUCUGGAAAUUUCACAAACAGGUUUUCCGAUAUUUGAUUUGUUAAUUCUUGGUCUAGGACCAGAUGGGCAUACAUGUUCACUAUUUCCCAACCAUCAAUUAGUUGAGGAAAAUGUUAAAUGGGUUGCCCCAAUUAGUGACUCUCCUAAACCACCACCAAGACGUGUUACGAUAACAAUUCCUGUUAUAAAUAGUGCUAAAAAAGUUGUUUUUCUGGCAACUGGUGAAAAUAAGAAGAAUGCUAUUAAAGAGAUACUAAUAAACCAUAAUAAAGAAUACCCGCCAUCUUCAAUUAAGUUACAAAAUGGUACCCAAGUUACAUGGAUAAUUGAUCAUGACCCUUUUGCCUGA